UGGCAUUCCGCCUGCCGUGACUUAUUCGCGUUUUUGCAGCGGACGCGACAGGUUCUCCCGGCGAUUGGAGUUCCACUUUUCCCCAUUGUUGGCCGCCUAACGAGCAAAGUUUCCCACGGCGCACUUUAAUUUUCCGGCCAUUAGUGGCAUGUCCACCGACGAGGAUUCCCUGGGCAGUCCCCUCAAGCCGGCCACGCCCACACCCGGUGAACGCGAACGCGAACCGGCACGGGAACGCCACAGGGGCGGUCGAUCUGGAGCCGCGGAUCUGCUGCGCCAUCAGCAAAGCUUCGAGGCACGCUACAGCGGCAUCAUCCAGAAGCAAAUCUGGGAGACGAGCAUCAACAAGGAUGUGCUGGAACGUCAGCUGAAUGCCUACUUCCCCUUCUCCAGGAGCGCCUCGCUGACCAAGGACGCAUCCGGCGGUUUCGAUCAGCUCCUGCCGCCGGCGACGGGCGGAAGUGGGCUGAAGACGCGUUCCCUGGCCACCACGCCCACCAGGCGACCGGGCGUCUGCCUGGAGAAGCUGGAGACGGUGGAUGUGGCCUCCGUCGAGCCGCAGAAGCAGGCGAAGUAAUGUCCCA